CCCAACUCGGGCUCUGGGCUCUGCUGUUGUUGUUUUGAGACAGUCUCUCACUAUACGGCUCUAUAUAGUGUAGUCCAGGUUGGCUUGGAAUACAGGCAAACCUCCUACCGCACACAGUGUCCUGACUGCUGAAGAUACAGACAUAUACAACGCUCCAUGACCAGGUGACCCUUCCUGCCCAGAGCAAUGGAGCAAAAUGGCUCCUCUCGUGUGGAUUCUGAGUUUCGAUACACCCUCUUUCCGAUUGUUUACAGUGUUAUCUUUAUACUGGGGGUGGUUGCCAAUAGCUACGUGCUAUGGGUCUUUGCCAACUUGUACCCUUCCAAGAAACUAAAUGAGAUAAAGAUCUUUAUGGUGAAUCUCACUAUAGCGGACUUACUCUUCUUGAUCACCCUCCCGCUGUGGAUUGUCUACUACUACAACGAGGGCAACUGGAUUCUACCCAAAUUCCUGUGCAACCUGGCUGGCUGCCUCUUCUUCAUCAAUACUUACUGCAGUGUGGCCUUUCUAGGUGUCAUCACUUACAACCGCUACCAGGCAGUAGCCUAUCCCAUCAAGACUGCUCAGGCCACCACCCGCAAGCGUGGCAUCUCUUUGUCCCUGGUCAUUUGGAUAUCCAUCGUGGCUACUGCAUCCUACUUCCUGGCCACAGACUCCACCAACCAAGUGCCCAAUAAGGAUGGCUCCGGCAACAUCACCCGCUGCUUUGAGCAUUAUGAGCCAUACAGUGUGCCCAUCCUUGUUGUUCAUGUCUUUAUUGCCUUCUGCUUCUUCCUUGUCUUCUUUCUUAUCUUCUACUGCAACCUGGUUAUCAUCCACACGUUGCUCACGCAGCCCGUGAGGCAGCAGCGCAAAGCGGAAGUGAAGCGCCGGGCACUGUGGAUGGUCUGCACGGUCUUGGCGGUAUUUGUCAUCUGCUUUGUGCCUCAUCACGUGGUCCAGCUGCCCUGGACCCUAGCGGAGUUGGGCUACCAGACCAACUUCCAUCAGGCUAUCAAUGAUGCCCAUCAAAUCACCCUCUGCCUCCUCAGCACCAACUGUGUCUUAGAUCCUGUUAUCUACUGCUUUCUUACCAAGAAGUUUCGAAAGCACCUCAGCGAAAAGUUUUACAGCAUGCGCAGUAGCCGGAAGUGCUCCAGAGCCACUAGUGACACGUGCACGGAGGUGGUAGUGCCAGUCAACCAGACUCCUGUCGUGUCACUGAAAAAUUAAUCUCUGCUUUUUAAAACCAGACCCAGAGCCUUCUCUUUUAUGGACCUCACAGACAGAGCUGAGAGGUAAGAGGUUUCUGCCUGUGGCCAGCCCCUCCUUGGACCGUGGUGGACUCAUGUACGGCAGUUACUUCCUUGCAGAGAGCCGGUUGCUGGAAAAUACAGAACUUAAAUGUUCCUUUUCACCCAUCUUUGGGUCAACACUAGAGGAUUGUGGUUGAUGGACUCACCCAGAACUUCAGAUUGUGACAUCCCAGCUAGGGCCAGACCUUGGGGAGAGACGCUGAGCAGCCCAGUUCAUUCAACUGGGGCAGCAACUUAAAGUUUGGGCAGUGACUUCCAGGGGCUACAGGAAGAGGGGAGUGGGGUUGUGGGGACUCUUCACUGAUUGCGUGGAAGAUCUUAGGGGAAGCAAUCGUGUUUAGGAUGGUGCCCUCCUUUGUCCACCUACAGGUACAACAAGGUCCUUUUGACCCUUCCAAGAGGAAGUGGUUUGAUAGUAUCUCCUGACUGACCCCAGAAGCUAGGAUGGGAGGGUGUUUCCUGAGGCAGCUGAGUUUGGCCCAGGGCUGAAUGAGUGCUGAGAGGAAUGGAAGAGAGGUGGCUACCUCAGGACACUGCACUCUUCACUUCAGGUAGAGAGUGUCUUUUAAGGUCCUCUGGCCACCUGGUGGUGAUUUUUUGGCAAGUGUCUUAGUUCCAUCUCACACACUGUGCCCAGCCUCCCUGUCAGAAACAACUCAAGGAGGGAGAGAUUUAUUUUGGCUCACAGUUUAGAAGACUACAGUCCCUCAAGGCAAGGAAGGCCCGGCAGGGCAGCUCAGACUCUGGUGGUGGGAACGCCAGACGGAGGCUGUUCAUGUGGCAGUGAACCAGGAACCAAGACUGCACCUUAACCUGGAGGUGGGAUACAACCCACCCCCAGCCACCUACAGCCAGGUCCUACCUCCUAAAGGUUCCACAGUCUCCCAAUUAGAGAGAGCACAGCCCUGGCCGGUGAGAUGACAGUGCAAGGUAGAGCAGCUAACACUGCUGAUCAGAGUUUGAUCCCAGAAGCCACAUGAUACAAAGAGAGAACAGACUUCUGAAAGUUGUCCUUGGACUUUUACUUUCAUACUGUGGCGCACACACGCCCCAACGCCCCAUAUACAUAUAAAUAAACAAAUGUACAAAAUUAAUAGAAUAAAGCAAAACAAAUAUGACCCCAAGGGAAUAUACACGAAAUACCAGGUGUAUUCAAAAUACACCUGCUAUUUCAUUUAAGUGCGAUCCCCUCCUGCCCUCUGAGGAGUAUCCAGAAGCCUCAGACUCAGAACUCUGAGGACCGUUUCCUGUUUUCCUGAAUGUUGUCCUUCUUUAAAUUAAAAAAAAAAAAAAAAAAAAAAGUCCUUCCUUCCAGCGAGUGUCUCCUUGAAAUUGGGUCAGUUGCUUCCUGUCUGCUAGACAAGCAUGGGCUUGUUCCAAUAGGCAGUAACCUGUUUGGGUUUGGUGUGAUGGUGGUAGCCUGGACCUGGCUGAAGGGGACUAAGUAGCUAAAACAACAUACUUGAACUUUGACAUCUUACAAACUCAGGUUCAAGUCUUCCUGUGCUAACUGCUGCUCAGGACGUGGGAAUUUAAUUUUCUACCUCUUAGUGUUAUAAGCUAGGAGGUUCAACCUACCUCACGGGACUUCUGAGCAGUGUAUGUUCAGCUGACUCUGGUUACUUAUCCCGACCCUCCCCUUUCCUGAGAAUUCCGUGCCCUCAGUCCUUUGAUAGGAAAUGAAGGGUUGAGAGUUGGACAUCUGGAUUCGAGGCGCACCUUUCGGGGAGCUAUGACCGUGUUUAUAUGUGAAGUGGGUUGGGUGGCCAUCUAGGUGACUGGUAGACAAAUGACUUUUCAACAAGGACAGAUGUGUUAGGCCAAGCAGAGGCCAGAGAGAAACCAGAACUUGGCGAGAAGACACAGCUUCCAGGGGACAUGGGGCACCCACAAGUGCUUUCUCUAAGAGUCCUGGAGGAUUCUCUUGUCAAGAUUCUAUCUCUUUCCUUCCUGAAGCUCACUGAAAUGAGUGCCUAAUGCUUUCAAUCAAAUAACAUUCUCUGUCUCUCUGUUAAUAUGGUAUAUUCUGAAUUUCUCUGUCUCUCUGUUAAUAUGGUAUAUUCUGAAUUUCUCUGUCUCUCUGUUAAUAUGGUAUAUUCUGAAUUUCAUCAUCUGCAUAUCUCUCUUGACAUUGGUUUGCAAUAUUGAUGUACCACAGUAUGUUUACAUAAUAAACAUUUUUCUUUUCAAAUUUA